UAUAAAAAGGAAGCGCUUCAAAUAUCACCAUCUAGUUCUUCAAGGAUGCCAAGAAUGAUCUUGGCAACUCUCCUAGGCUGUCUGGCCCUGUGCACCCUUGCCCAAGGCGGUGUCCUAAACCGAGAAAAGGAGCUGAAAGAAUUCAUUCUCAGGGCUGAUAAUGACGAGUGGAUGUGGACUGAUGCGGAGAUCGAAAAGAGGCAGUGCGACGCAGGCAAAAAACCAGUCAGUGGCCAAUGCCGUUGUGACUCCAAAUCAGUUCGCAAUUUGGAAGACAGCAAAGGAAACUGCGUAACUGCGUGCAGAGGCGAUCAAUCUGCCGUCAAUGGAAAAUGCGUCAAAAAAUGCAAAAAUGGUCAAGUGCACGAUCCAAGUGGAAAAUGCCAAAAUCCAUGCCCAGCUGGUAAAGAACAUGAUUACAGUGGAAAAUGCCAAGAGCCAUGCCCAGCAGGUCAAAAAAGGAAACCUGGUGGAGGUUGCCUUCCAACGUGCCCACCAGGUCAAGAACACGAUUCCAAGGAAAACUGUCGCAAUCAGUGCCCUAAGGGCCAAACACGUGAUCCUAAAGGAAAUUGCGGCAACGUAUGCCCGAAGUCUCAAGAACUCGAUUAUACUGGUACUUGCCAGCAGCAAUGUAAAGAUGGCUACUAUCGCAAAGAAAGUGAUAAUAAGUGCCAAAAAGAGUGCAAAGCCAACGAAGUGCCCGACGGAAAAGGAGAAUGCGCAAAAGCUUGUAAAUCCAAUGAACGUUUAGAUAACAACGGCAGGUGCACUGGAGCCUGCCCAGUCGGUCAAUUUGUCAAUAAAAAAAACGAAUGCCAACCAACCUGCAAACCCGGCGAAGGACUUGAUAAAAAUGAUAAUUGCAGACCAACCUGCCCACCUAAUCAAGAAGUGAGUCCCGACAACAAGUGCCGUCCAACCUGCAAACCUGACCAAGAAGAACGCGCUGCUGACGGAAAUUGCUACCCCAAAUGUACCAAGCCAGGCGAGCAAAUGGGUCCAGAUGGAGUGUGCCGUCCAGAGUGCGAUGACCCUAACGAGCUGCCAGGUCCCAAUGGAUGCGUCACCACAACCACAACCACUACUACCACCACCACAACUAAGAAACCUAAUACCGGUGGCUCAGGAUCAAACGACAGUGACUGCAACGAUAGCGGCUCUACAGGCAAUGAUAGUAAUAGUAAUCAUGACAACUGCGCCAAGAUCAGGCUUCCUGCUACCGUGCACAUCACGGUGUGUGGCUGCUCCGGCGAUUGCGAUUGCUCAGACUAAGUAGAAGUUGGACCGAAAAAGAAAGGACUGCUAAAAUUGAUCAAAUGAUCCAGUAAAUCAAAAUGAGAACUUAAAAAAAAAAAAUCCAAUUCAAUAACUAAAAGAAAAUAAAAACAAAUUAGGCAACUUAAAAA